GAAAAAAAAUACAAAACACGAGCGAACGCACUCAUAUAAUCACCGAUUGACGAAGAGUGCUUUGAAACGCAGAGACUGAGACACACUCUCUCUCUUUUCUCAGAUCCAAAAUCUCUCAGAUCUUCGUUUUGGAUCCAGCUCGGGGAAUCCGAAUCCACCAAUCGGAUCUGACCGACCGACCUUUUCCCCGGAGCUCCAUCCAUCACGGACCCAAUCAUGAAUCCCUUCUCUUCCGGAACGCGUCUCAGGGACAUGAUUCGGGCUAUACGUGCCUGCAAAACUGCAGCAGAGGAGCGUGGUGUUGUAAGAAAAGAGUGUGCUGCUAUUCGUGCCGCCAUUAAUGAAAAUGAUAAUGAUUAUAGGCACCGUAACCUUGCAAAGCUUAUGUUCAUUCACAUGCUUGGCUACCCCACACAUUUUGGUCAAAUGGAGUGCCUGAAGUUGAUUGCUUCUUCUGAAUUUCCAGAGAAAAGAAUAGGAUAUCUUGGCCUUAUGUUGCUUCUUGAUGAAAGACAAGAAGUUCUAAUGUUGGUCACAAACUCGCUAAAACAAGAUCUCAAUCAUUCAAAUCAGUAUAUUGUGGGACUUGCCCUUUGUGCUUUGGGAAAUAUUUGUUCAGCUGAGAUGGCUCGUGAUCUUGCACCAGAAGUAGAAAGAUUGCUGCAAUUUCGAGAUCCAAAUACACGGAAAAAAGCAGCAUUGUGUGCUAUAAGGAUUAUAAGGAAAGUACCAGACCUGGCGGAAAAUUUUAUAAAUCCUGCUGCAGCCUUACUUAAAGAAAAGCACCAUGGAGUUUUAAUAACUGGAGUUCAACUUUGUACAGAUCUAUGCAAAGCCAGUGCGGAUGCCCUUGAAUAUUUCAGAGAGAAAUGCACAGAGGGUUUGGUUAAAACACUCAAGGAUGUCGCAAACAGUCCAUAUGCACCUGAGUAUGACAUUGCUGGCAUCACCGACCCUUUCCUCCAUAUCAGAUUGCUUAAGCUCUUGCGUGUGUUAGGCCAAGGAGAUGCAGAUGCCAGUGACUUGAUGAAUGACAUACUUGCUCAGGUGGCAACGAAAACUGAGUCAAACAAGAAUGCUGGCAAUGCAAUUCUAUAUGAAUGCGUUGAAACUAUCAUGAGCAUUGAAGAUAAUGGUGGCUUACGUGUGCUUGCGAUCAAUAUCUUGGGAAGAUUCUUGUCAAAUCGUGACAACAAUAUCAGAUAUGUUGCACUAAACAUGCUGAUGAAGGCUAUAACCGUAGAUGCUCAAGCAGUGCAGAGGCAUCGGGCAACAAUCUUGGAAUGUGUUAAGGAUUCAGAUGCUUCAAUUAGGAAAAGGGCUCUUGAACUUGUUUAUCUUCUAAUAAAUGAGAGCAAUGUGAAACCUUUAACAAAAGAGCUGAUUGAUUAUCUGGAAGUAAGUGAUCAGGAAUUCAAGGGAGACCUUACUGCGAAAAUUUGCUCCUUAAUUGCAAAGUUUUCACCAGAGAAGAUAUGGUACAUUGAUCAGAUGCUCAAGGUUCUCUCUGAGGCUGGAAAUUUUGUUAAAGAUGAAGUCUGGCAUGCCCUUAUUGUUGUGAUAAGCAAUGCUUCUGACCUCCAUGGAUAUACUGUGAGGGCAUUAUACAGAGCACUCCAAACAUCAGUUGAACAGGAAAGUCUUGUGCGAGUGGCUGUUUGGUGCAUUGGAGAAUAUGGUGACAUGUUGGUCAAGAAUGUUGGAAUGCUUGAUAUAGAGGAUCCAAUAACUGUAACAGAAUCUGAUGCUGUGGACAUCAUAGAACUUGCUAUUAAGCGCCAUACAUCAGACCUCACCACAAAAGCAAUGUCUUUGAUUGCUCUGCUAAAGCUCUCUUCCCGUUUUCCUUCUUGUUCAGAGAGGAUCCAAGAUAUCAUCAUUCAAAACAGAGGAAACCUUGUGCUUGAAUUGCAGCAGAGAUCCAUCGAAUUCAAUUCCAUUAUUCAGAAGCAUCAGAAUAUUAGGUCUGCACUGGUGGAAAGGAUGCCUGUUUUGGAUGAGGCAACUUUCAUUGGAAGGAGGGCUGGUUCAAUGCCAGCAACAGUUUCAACUUCCAGUGGCGCGUCACUUAAUCUUCCAAAUGGAGUUGCUAAACCUUCUGCGGCUCCUCUUGUAGAUUUACUUGAUCUAAGUUUAGAUGACGCUCCUGCACCUAGCUCUUCUGGUGGUGAUUUUCUUCAGGAUCUCCUUGGUGUUGAUUUGUCGCCAGCAUCAAAUCAAUCUGGUACAAAUCAGGCUUCAAAAACCGGCACAGAUGUUCUACUGGAUCUUUUGUCUAUUGAAACACCUCCUGUUCAAAGUAGUUCAUCCCCACCUGAUGUAUUAUCUAGCAUUCAACAUAACAAAUCUCCAGUUGCAUCAUUGGAGGAACUUGCAUUGCCAUCUUCACUUUCUGGACAAGCCACUACUCCUGUAGCAGCUGCUCCUAUGAUGGAUUUGUUGGAUGGCUUUGUCUCCAAUCCACCAAAGCCUGAAAACAAUGGUUCAGUUUAUCCAUCUGUUGUUGCAUUUGAGAGCGGCGCCUUGAGAAUAACGUUUGACUUCUCUAAGCCUCCUGGAAACCCACAAACAACAUCGAUCCAGGCUACUUUUACAAAUUUGUCACCAAGUGUCUAUUCAGAUUUUAUUUUCCAGGCAGCAGUUCCAAAGUUUCUUCAACUGCACCUUGAUCCCGCUAGCAGCAAUACUCUCCCUGCAACUGGUAAUGGGUCUAUCACACAAAAUUUGAGAGUUACCAACAGCCAACAUGGAAAGAAAUCUCUUGUGAUGCGAAUAAGAAUAGCUUACAAGAUCAACGACAAAGAUGUACUGGAGGAAGGACAAAUUAGCAAUUUCCCUCGUGGUUUGUGAGGUUGGUUGUCCUUUGGAUGUGUUAAAGAUGGUAGUGCACUAUCACCGAUCUUUCUUGCUGCAUGGGGUGGUAUGAUUUAUAGCAUUUUGGACUGAUUUUGCUUUAGUUUGGAAUAUGUCCGAAGGCUUUUACACUUUCACUUCUUCUUUUUUUCUUUUCUUUUUUCCCUUUUAAAAUUUUCUUCCUCUUGUAGGUGUUCUGUGUACAUUAUUACAUUAUAUUCCUGUUAGGGAUUCUUGUAAUUGAAUUUUUGCCCUAGAGGCACAGAUUGGAGGGAGCUCAUGUGUCAUAUUGAGUACUUGAGGUGCUGUUGUUAUUUUGUAGUUUGAAUUUACUCACAAAGCCUUAUUGUUUGAGAUCCAAGUCUCUUGACUUUAAACAGUGAUUAGUAUAUUUCAAUAUGAUUUUUAUGUAAUAUUUCUUCAUCAA